GAUUUUGUUGAAAACUGUCUUGCGGCCCAGGACGGGUUGGUUACUGUCUUUUCCUGUUACUUUGUUUUAUGAGUCGAUUUAUGUAUUUGCUACCAGCAUCCCCCAACUUAAAAUUUGCUCCAGUUUUUCUGCCGCCAAACCUGAAACAAGUAGAAAAGAAUCACGCUACUAUGAACCAGGCAAUACAGAAAAACACUCUGUAUGUAGGAGGAUUAGCAGAGGAAGUGAAUGAGGCUAUACUACACUCUGCCUUCAUACCUUUUGGAGAUAUUAAGGAUGUCAAAACCCCAUUAGAUCAUGCCACCCAAAAACAUCGUUCUUUCGGAUUUGUGACCUUCCUUGAAAGGGAAGAUGCAUCCGCUGCCAUGGACAAUAUGGAUGGUGCUGAGCUUUAUGGACGUGUCCUCACUGUUAAUUAUGCUCUCCCUGAGAAGAUCAAGGGUGGUGAACAGGGUUGGGCUGCUCAGCCUAUUUGGGCGGAUGCAGACACAUGGUUUGAGAGGAAACAGCAAGAAGAGGAAAUGAAGCGCCUUCAAGAAGAGCAGAAGGCUGCAAUGCAGGUAGCAGAAGACUUGCAUAGGAAAAAGAUUGCCGAGGAAAGAGAAGGUGAAAAGGAUGAAGAAUCAGAGUCAAAAAAUGACCCUAUGGCAAUGGCUGAAGUUGAGGUUUUGAAACAGACUGCUGCUACUUAGUCAUUUUGGUGGUUGAACAUUUUGAUGGCUGAACAUCUUUUUCUUUCAGAUGGAAGCUUCAGGUACUCGUGAUGCCUGUAUAGAUGAGCAAUUUGUCCCGUCCUUUUAAUUACCUGUAUCUUAUGUUUUUAAAUGGCAUUUACUGUUUUUGUGCCACUAACUUCAGCUUCAGCUUUUUGGAAGAGUGUCUUAAUUCAGUACUGCUGCCGGAUACUACUAUAGCAUAUGCUAUCUUUGACGCAUAGUAACUGCUCAUGUUCUACUGCCUUUGAACCUACAUAAGUUUAUAUAAGCUUCACAGCUUGAGAUAUCUA